AUGCAUAACGUAUCGUGGUUAUUAUCUAUAGUACUAGACAUGGAAACAAAUUUACGGUUCUUGGAUGUUGCCGAUGAACCAAUACAAACAUUAUUUCCAGUUGAAGGUUAUCAAGAGUUACCAUUAAUGCCACUGGAAAUGGCCGUUGAACAGAUACUUCAUUUGUUCAAAAAUUUACCAGCUAAAGUCUGGGCCGCUAAAGAUCGUUGCAAAAAUCCUCUAAAUAGUUUGACACAAGAUGAAUCAGCUGCAAUUCAUCUGUAUACUGUAGAACUUCAUCCAACUGAACGUAGUCUCUAUUUUCAACUCAAUCAAAUUCUACGUUCAGAAGAUCGUCGAAAAUUAAAACCAUGGUUUGGAUAUUUGAAACUAUUUCUUACAGCUUUAUUCAAACUACCAUCAAUUAAAUCAACUGUCUGGCGUGGUGUCAAAGCCAAUUUAAGUCAUAAAUAUCCAAAAGGAAGUAAAUGUAUUUGGUGGGGGAUCAGCUCUUGCACUGAUUCCAUUGGUGUACUAGAACAGGAACAAUUUCUGGGACAAACUGGUACACGUACAUUGUUUUCGAUUGAAUGUCACAGUGGAAAAGACAUUAAGAGCCAUUCAUAUUAUCAAACAGAAAAUGAAAUUCUAUUAUUGCCUGGAACCUACCUUCAAGUGAUUGAUCAGUUGAAAGCAGGCUCGGACGGGUUAUUUAUUAUUCAUAUGAAAGAAAUAUCACCUCCUCACGCCUUCCUGGAGCCUCCCUCAACUGAAUACGAAGGAAUUCCAUCAGUCAACAGCCUAUAUUUGCAUGAAAAACCAGAAACACCAGAAAAGGGUAAGAAUAGUUCACUAUUUAAAAUCAGAGAUGAUCGGUUUGAUAAAUUACCUGUGAUAUAUUGCAUAGGUAAUCUCUCUUCACUUUACUAG